AUGGAUCCUAAUUCGUUAUUGAGAGACCAAAUAAGACACAAACUAGCUGCAGUUAGUCUGUCGUCCAAGCAUGUUAAAGACGCUGCAUCAUUUUUGCUAACUCAAGCAGAACAGUCUGAUUUCAUCUCAAGCCAGUGGUUUGAAAUAUUCAAAACUACAAACAAUCCAAGCUUUCAAUUGGCUCUACUUUAUGUGGCAAAUGAAAUUUUAACUAAAAGCUUCAAGUAUGGUGUUUCUGAAUUCGGUGAAGCCUUAAAACCUGUUGUUAUACAAGCAACACAGUAUUUAAAACCUGGACCAUUUAUAUCUAAGCUUACCAAGUUGAUUAAUUACUGGACUUAUCGUAAAGUGUUUGAUAUUAAAUUUACUGAGCAGCUGUUACGGAGGUUAAAUAAUGUUGAACAAACUGACAAGGAAGUUUUAACUCCACCAUCACGAUCUAAUAAUGCAGAUGAUAUGGUUAAAAACUUUAAUCCGGAGAAGUUGCUUGAAACAUUACGGAAAAUAAAACAACUCGAUGAUAUAUGCGAAUUACACGGGAAAUUCGAUAUUGGCCCACUUGGAUUUGGUACACCGAUAGUGUCUACUGUUACCUCACUGAAAAGCAAAGAAGAAAGUCGAACACUGACAGCUCAGGUUGAAAAUUGUUGUAAACACUUGGAAUUUAUUUGUAAAAAGAAUGAAGAACGUUUAGAAGAAAUGAAUACCUUACAGAGUAUACUUGAAGCAGCAGAAAUUUAUUACAAUGUUCAAUUGAAAGAGGUUGCUGUUGUUGUAAAUGCUUAUGGUACAUACGGGAAACGUGUGACAAAAACACUUUCUCAAUUGCAUGAUAUACUUCACAAAGAUGAGGUAUCACGAAAAUAUACCACAGAAAACUGCAAGUCGAAAUCGAAUACUCUUACUGAUGAAUGGAACAAUUUAUUUGUUUCAUCUGCUCACACCAUUGAAAAUUCUUCAACACCGGACAACCGAUUCAAUGAUCAUUCAUUAAACAAGACAACACCAUUUGGUUUUCCUAUUUUUAAACCAGUUUGCGAUGCAACUGGGGAUGUUGAUUACAGAGUUCUAUUGAAUCCUGUACUGUCUAAUCUAGCUACUACUAAUAGUAGUAGUAUUUGUAGUAACAGACAAGAGGUCAUGCCAUCAAUACAACUUCAUGAUUCAAUAGUCAAUAUCACUUCUUCAAUGGUAGAUUUAAACAAUCCCCUAUCUAUCAAUAUACAUACAGUUAAUCAUCAACCUAAUCUUUCAGAUUCAUCUGAAAGUCAUAAAAUUCCAUCUGUUGGGACUUUAAGUUCAAGUAUUUUAAAUAAUGAUGGAUUGAAUAAAGGAAGUUCUAGUGUAACUGAAGAUGAUGAAGAUAAUAUGGAAGUGUCUGAUGGUGAAGAACCUGAUGUAAAACAAACUCUUCUACAAGAUGAAAAGAAAAAUCUUGAUGAUAAUAUGACUUCAAGUACACAAGAUAAAGACUGGCGUAUAUUUACCCAACAAAAAUCUGAUAUACAAGCAAGGAACUGUCUAUCUCAUGGUUCCCCUGGUCAUACUCCAGUUAGUUGUGUUGUAUCUCCUCAGAACGUAGUGGGUUUAUCUCAUCAACCUGAACAGUUUAUUCAACCAACACCAUCACUUAGACCAGCUGCAGCUAUUCGUAUACCUCCACCACCACCACCACCUCCACCAUUUAUUGGAUUAGAUCAACAUUCUUUCAGUCCACCGCCUCCAUUACCUUCAACAUUGAACGAAUUAGCUUAUCAAGUUCCUGUAACAAAAUCUCACUUACUAAUUCCACCACCACCACCACUGUCAGUGCCACCAAUACCAUUGGAUAUUGAAAAAAUCAAUAUGAUUACAAGUGAUGUAACAAAACGUAUUCAGUCUAGUAUAAAAAGUACUCCAUCAGAAGUGAUUCCAUCACAACAAUAUUCAGCUAUUAAUAUAUUGAGAAAUUUAUGUCAACCACAAUUAAUGCCUAUCUCAAAAUCUUCUUCAUUUCCAUUGCCCACUGUUGUUAUGACUACAACAUCAAAUAAUUUUACAGUUUUGACAACAACUGCACCGAUAAUAGAGAAUCGAAUCACUUCUUUACCGUCUAUUAUUAUACCAACAGAAUGUAGUCAAGUAUUGAAUGUUAGUCAACAGGAAGUAGUUACACAACCAGUUUCAGUAAUACACUCGACUGACAUAUUGAAAUCUAACAAAUCUACUGAGAUAAAUAUCAAUUCGACUGUAAAUAAACCUAUAGAAGAUCCAUUUGCUAUUAUUUCUCGGUUAACUGGACUUUCAAAUUUGAUGAAAAAUAUUCCUACACAAUCGAAUCCCACUGGAAUAUCACUCACUUCUUCAAUUUCGGUGAAUUCUUCAAAUACUGUUGAUACAAAAUUGUCAGAUUUUCUUCAUUCAACAACAACAUCUGUUACUACUGCUACUACUACUACUACUACUACUACUACUACUACUACUACUACUACUACUACUACUACUACUACUCACACUACUACUACCACUACUACUCACACUACUACUACUGCAACUACUAUUGCAUAUAAUCCCAGUGCUAAACGCUCCAGAUUCUCAGACGUUUCAACUUUUGAAAGCACAAUUCAUCAGAUAACACCGUUAAGUGUAUCUACAGGUGGAAUUGUUUCACCAUCAUGUAGUAUCUCGUCUACCAGUUCUGAAGUGUAUCAUUCUUCAACAGGAAAAUCAUCUAUUUCAGAUAAUAGUUUCAAUAGUGAAGUGAAUAUGAAUGAAAAACAAAAGUUUACAAGUUUUGAAAAGAAAAAUUCAUUGAAAAGUUACACAGAUGACAAUAGUGGAGGCAAUGGUGACAGCAGCGACGGCGGUGGUGGUGGCAAUGAUACUCCUACACAGGAUGAAAGGGAAGAUGAUCCAUUAUCAGGAAGUAGUCAAGACAGAAACAAUUUGGCUGGUCAUCCUUUCAGUGCACCAACGUGCAGUUUAGCUAACUUACUAAUUCCAAAUAAUUCAUGUCAUAGUGGUACAGAUCGAAAUUCUUUUGUACAUAAUCCUUCUACAUGUAUUCCAUCACAAGGUUAUCGACUAUCAUCAUACAGUAAUAUGUUGAACAAUCUGAAUCCAAUCAAUUCUGUUAAUAUGCCUUUUACACAAUUAUCCAGAAUGACACAAAAUGUUGUCACCUCUGUAAUUACAAGGGAUAAUAAUUCCAAUUUGUCUAUUUCAAGUUCACAGAUUCCUGGUUUAAUGUUUUAUGAACCAUCAAGAAUAUCAUUAACGCCUAGAUCUUCAUUAACACAUGGAUCUUUUAUAGUCUCAGCACAACAACAACAACAACAACAGCAAACACAUUCAAUAUUAUCAACUCUUGGACAUAGAAGUGUACAAUUACCACGUAUACCUUAUAGUACUACAAAUUGGUCACAAUCAUUAACUAAUCAAGUAACAUUACAACAUUCAGGUAAUACUGUUGACCUCACCUUUCUACUUAGACAAUUAAAAACUACACCCCUACUUUAUUGUACCAAUGGUAUAGCUUUUCUUUUCGAAAUCAUACGUAAUCAGUCUCUCACAUAUGUCUAUGGUUUGAAAGGCCAUACUUCUCACGGUUGA